AUGAGCAGACGAGCUACGUUCACCGUGGACGAUGCCCUCGCUGCUCUGCUCCUUGAAGACGAGGAAGAAUUUGUACGCUCAGUUGCUCUUGACGGGCCACCUGUCCAAAACGUUUUGGGUGAAUCUGACGACGACGAUGAUGACAGUAGUGACAGCCAUUUCCUCGACAAGGAGCUCGACAUCGAUAUUGCUGCCCAUCGGUAUGAUGAACUGAGCAGCACCGACGACGGUGAUGGAGAAGAAGAGACAAGCGAUACUGACGAUGUAUUUGAGGACCUAGAUGCUGGUAUGGACGUUCCCCAACAUGCUGCAACUGCAGCCACAGUUUUGCCAAGAUGUGGAUGUUCAAAAAAUUGUUUGUCACUAUUUUCUAUUGAAGAUGUUGAUCAGAAUCGGCUGAACAUGGCAGAGCUGGAGCGACCUGAUUUUGAUUUACUGCUGAGUGGUGUGCUGGAGGCUAUGCAUUGUGGAGACAAGCUCACUGUCCACCAGAAAAAGCGUAAACGCUCAGCUUUCAAGUACGCUUUCCAGAGCAAGCGAGUGUGUGCCGGUGCGUUCCGCUACAUCUUUAACAUCAAGAAAGAUAAACUGUGGAGUUUGUGUAAGCACGUGGAAAGCAACGGUGCAACGGCGCGGCGACACGGCAAUGCUGGUCGACGACCAUCAAACGCUUUCACGUUUGAGGAAGUCAAAUACGCGGUUACUUUCAUAAAGUCUCACGGCGAACACUAUGGCAUCCCACACCCUGCACCACUACAUGGUCGAGAUGGCGUUCCUCCCGUGUUUUUGCCUGCAAGCCAGACAUACAAGGCUGUGCACAAACUGUAUGUUACUGCAGGGAACUCGGCUGGCAUUCGUGUCAUGGGAGAAUCUUCCUUCCGCAGCAUCUGGCACCAAUGUACGCCGCAUUUGAAAUUUAUGUCUCCUCGGACUGACGUGUGUGAUCUGUGCGAGAAACUACGCCGUCGGGUCAUGUCAGCUUUGACUGAGCAGGAUAAGGUGGCCGCCUGUUCAGCACUGCAAGACCACAUUGCAGCAGCACAACAUGAGAGAGACUACUAUCGUGGAGCUACUAUCUCUGCUGCCGAACAGCUACAAGCCAGUGCCCAGUGUGCGCCACCAUGUGCUCCAUGCUCGCAAGCCACGUUCAAAACGCAUUAUACAUUCGAUUUUGCGCAAAACGUCAGCAUACCUCAGGAGUGGCGACAAGUAGGUCCUCUCUACUUUAAAGUUCCAAGGAAAGUGCAGGUGUUUGGGGUGAACAACGAAGCUGUUCCGCACCAAGUGAACUACUUGAUUGACGAGACGGACACCAUCGGCACAAAUGGCUCCAAGAGCCAUGGCCCCAACAGUGUUGUAAGUCUCCUCCACCAUUUCUUCGCACACCAUGGUUAUGGCGAAAAACAGUGUAUCCUCUCUGCAGAUAAUUGCUGUGGCCAGAACAAGAAUAAAACUGUUGUUUCCUACCUUGCAUGGCGCUGUAUGUCUGGCUUGCAUAAGUGUAUUGAGCUGCAUUUCAUGAUCACAGGCCACACCAGAUGUUUGGUCGAUGGCUGCUUUGGUUUGCUGAAACGCAGCUAUAGGCGCAAUAAUAUCUAUAGCAUGGCCCAGUUAGCUGAUGUAGUGAAUGGUAGUGCUGCAUGCAAUCAGGCGCAGCUUAUUCCUGGCUCCAAUCUGGAGUGGCGUGAGUGGGAUAAGUUCUUUAUGCAGUUCUUUAAGCCCUUGGUCGGCAUUUCCAAGCUUCACUACAUGCGCUUUUCCAGUGCUGAGCCUGGUGUAGUGUAUUGCAAAGAGAAUGUUCAUGCUGCUGAGCAGAGGCUUGCCUUGCUGAAAGUGCCUGCAGAAGAUUUGCUUCGUGCUGGUCUGCCGAAAGUCCUCAGUCCUGCAGGACUGACUGCAGAGAGGCAGCAGUACCUCUUUUCUCACAUUCGCGAGCAUGUUCCAUCAGAGUUUCAAGAUGAAGUUUGCCCGCCACCUACUGCAUCUGCAGAAUUUCGAUCAUCGGAGUGCGAGGUUCAAGCUUCACAGGUGACAUUGCUGUUGACCAGCUCUACUUCACUGGAUGCUAACGAUCGACUUCUGAUCUCCACUUUGUGUGUGGCUUUCUUUCUGUGCUUUUCCAUCGCUAUAUUGUGCACACUGCACUCCAUCGCACAAACACGUACAGGUGCUGUGCAACCAUGCGUGGCCAGACCUAUCACGUUUGACAAGAGCGGCGAUGGAUUCUACCGCUCGCCCAUCACCGGCACUCCUGGCGCUACUAAAUGGUUCCGUGAUAAUGCGGGAACUUCAUCUUCAUCCACGGGUCCCUCGACUGACCACACAUUUGGCAACUCAACGGGUUACUAUUGGUACUUGGAGACGUCGUCAUCCAAUACUGCGGCCACAGACCGCCUCAUCUCGCCUGUGUACAAGCCAACACGCACAACCACGUGCAGCGUGAAGUUCUGGUACCACAUGUACGGCUCUACUAUCGGUAGCUUGAACGUCUACAUUGUUCCCAGCACAUACAAAGUAACGAGCGCCAAGGCCCUGGUGGGCCUCUCUGGCACUGGCACUCUGCCAAAGAACUGGGUCAAGUCGGGCAAUCAAGGCAACAAGUGGAUCCAGGCCACUGUCAGUGUAACCCUGAAGACAUCGUUCUACCUGAUCUUCGACGCCGUCCGCGGUACUUCGUUCACCGGUGAUAUUGCCAUUGAUGAUGUGUCAUUUGAUUCAAAUUGCUGCCCCGACUGGAGCAAGCAGAGCAGUGCAGCCAUCUUGAGCUCCUUCGCACCUGGCACUCAGGUUGUGCGUGGCAGGGACUGGAGCUGGGGCCAGCAGGACGGUGGACAGGGAGCCCUGGGAAACGUCACCACUGCAGUGUCGGGCGGUUUCCUUCAAGUCAAGUGGUCUAAUGCAGACAGCAACAGCUACCGGAUGGGAGGCUCCAGCAAGUUUGACCUCUACCUCUUCAACGACGCUGGCGUAACUGUCCCCUCAGUCAGCGCAUGCACCAUGGACAGCGGAUUUGAGAGCUCUGUCAGCCCAUGGAUCCAGUCCAAGACGGAUAAGCGUGAUUGGACACGCGACUCAGGUGGCACGACAUCAUCUUCUACCGGGCCAGGUACUGAUCACACAAAGGGAACAUCUGCAGGAUACUACAUGUAUCUGGAGACGUCAUCGCCCGUUGCUACUGGCGAUACCGCAGUCCUGCAGACGCCGAUUCUCAGCCAAGUGAAGCAGGACUGUUCGUUCACACUCUGGUAUCACAUGUACGGCACCACCAUCGGCACACUCAGCAUCUCCAUCACUGAGAUCGCCUCCAGCAAGGUCACCAAGCUAUUCUCCAAGACUGGCAAUCAAGGCAACCGUUGGAUAAAGACUCCAGCUCUUGCCAUCAAGAAGAUCAACGGACAGUUCCAGAUCUCCAUCCAGGCCACCAGGGGCACUAGCUUUACUGGAGACAUCGCCAUUGAUGAUGUGGCAUUCGAUGCAAGUUGCUGCGCGGCUGUGUGUAUUCCUAAAAUCACCUACGGCACAACAACAGGCAACUUGGGAGGAUGGGCCAAUGACCCUACUGAUAAACUCGACUGGAGGGCACAAAAGGGCUCCACAUCAUCUGGUUCAACAGGCCCCACUGCCGAUCAUACUGGUGCAGGAUACUACAUCUAUGUGGAGACCAGCUCACCGGCUUCGCUUGGAGACAAAGCCAGGCUGAUUUCACCGCCAAUCCUACCACCGUCGUCCACUGGCUGCACAUUCACAUUCUGGUACCACAUGUACGGAUCAACAAUUGGAAAACUAGAACUGGAGCUUGUGUCCAGUCUGCUGCGUGUACCAGCAUCCAGUCUUUGGACUAAGUCCGGCAACCAAGGAACAGCAUGGCUACAGGCCACGGUGACUAUCAAGCAAUCAGCCUGGAUCAAUAGUCUGCAAUUCAUUGUAACGAGAGGAUCUAGCUUCACUGGAGACAUUUCUCUGGAUGACCUUUCCUUCGGUACUGGCUGUGGAUGUUAUGCUUGUACCAACCAGUAUACGUUUGAAAGCAAUAGCGUUGCUCCUUUGGUACAGUCUACAAGUGAUACCCUCAAUUGGAGAGUGAACAGGGGCGGCACACCGUCUACUGCAACUGGUCCAUCAACAGAUCAUACCCUUGGAACUGCUCUGGGAUACUAUAUUUACAUUGAGACGAGCGGAGUAGCCAGUGGCGCCAACGCCAUCAUCAGCCUGCCACCCGCCGGCCCGGCGAAGGGACCACAAUGCGCGGUUGUCUUCUGGUACCACAUGUACGGAUCCACGGUCAACACUCUGAACGUUCGCCAGGGAACCAGCACAACUAGCCCCAUCAUCUGGCAGAUGAAGGGCAACAAGGGCAACACCUGGUACAGAGGUGUUGCUCGUCUUGGAUCGUCCGUCAGUACAUCAACUUUCAAGGUGGCGUUUGAGGCCAUCGCUGGCACAUCUUUCACAUCGGAUAUUGCGUUGGACGACAUCUGGCUGACACCUGACUGCUGCAGCUCACGUCCUAUUUGGAGUCAGUACACUACAGCACAGAUCACAUCUAGCUUCCGUCAAGGCACACGUGUCAUUCGUGGAGCUCACUGGUCAUGGGGCAAUCAGGGAAACAACACAGCCGGUACUAUUACCCAGGGCUUGGGCAAUUAUUCCUCGACCGGAUGGGUGCAAGUCAGAUGGGACGAUGGCCAUCUCAAUUCCUACCGGAUGGGCGCAAGCUCCAAGUACGACCUCUACCUGCAGAUCCCUCAGCAAGGUGCAGUGGCACCCCCCACUACCCAGCCUCCAUCGCCCACUCCUACAACUCCACCUGUCAACGGCUAUUGCUACCCAUGGGCAAGCUACACCGUAGCACAGCUGACACUGAUCUUCUCAGUGGGCACCCGCGUCACUGAAGGCGUAGACUGGUCAUGGGGACCGCAGCACGGUGGCACUAACGGUACCAUCAUCGCUACCCUCGGCCAAACGACCACCGGUUGGGUGAGAGUCACCUGGGACAAUGGCCACACCAACUCCUACCGCAUGGGUGCCUCCGGAAAGUACGACCUGUGUCUCGAGAGCAAUGCCACCGUGACAACUGAGCCACCGUUCGCACCAACGGCAUGCGGAUACUCCAACAACUUUGACAUCGGCAUGAUGAACUUCACCCAGGACAAGCUGGACGUGUUCGACUGGACGCGGCGACGUGGCUCAACGUCGUCAUCCUCCACUGGUCCUUCCGGCGAUCAUACAACAGGAACAGGAUAUUACUUGUACAUCGAGACGUCGUCGCCAAGGACGAACGGCGAUGUGGCUCGUCUGUACAGCCCCUUCUUCACAUCGCAGACCACCUCGUGCAGCCUGUCGUUCUGGUACAACAUGUACGGUGCCACCGUCAACACACUCAACGUGAACAUCCAGUCAGGCGGCAAGAUCCGCAAGGCCUGGAGCAAGUCCGGUAACCAGGGCAACAAGUGGAUCUCAACCGGCCCCAUUCCGAUCAGCUACAGCGGCGUUUUCAGGGUUAUCAUCGAAGGCGUUGCUGGAUCAUCGUUCACUGGCGACAUUGCCAUCGAUGACUUCCAGUUCAGCACCACAUGCUGUGCAACUGCCAGCUGUGGAGCACCAAUUGCCACUUUCAACUCUGGUCUGGAUGGCUUCAGCCAGGAAACUGGUGACCACUUUGACUGGACAAGACGCGCUGGUAACACACCAUCAUUCGGUACUGGACCAACUACAGGCCAUGGAGGAAAUGGAUCAUACAUCUACAUCGAGACAUCCUUCCCCAGGACCGGUGGUGACAUAGCCAUCAUUACGUCCGGCGUGUACUCGAUUGCCGAGAACGGCUGCGAGUACGGCUUCUGGUACCACAUGUCGGGAACGACCACCGGCACAUUGAACAUUGUCGUGACCAUUGCUGGCACAACUACCAACUUCACAAUCUGGUCGCGCUCGGGCGAUCAAGGCAACUCAUGGCAGUUUGGUAAGGCCAGACUACCAGCAAGACUGGUUGGACAAACAGUGCAAGUGAGCUUUGUCGGCAUUGUGGGAUCAAGCUUCACAGGAGACAUCGCUGUCGAUGAUGCAGGCUUCCAAGACGGCUGCUGCCGAGUUGUAAAGGCCUGCGGCUUCACCACGGUCGACUUCCAGUCUGGUCUGGAAGGCUUUACGCAGGAUGCUACCGACAACUACCAGUGGGCGCGCCGCUCCGGAGGCACACCAUCGUUCCAGACUGGCCCCUCUUGGGAUCACACAUAUGCCAACUCAACAGGAUACUAUGUCUACCUGGAGACGUCCGGAGUCGUCACCGGCAGGAACGCCCGCUUGGUGUCGAGGCCAAUCUCCAGCAAGACCAAAGUGUGCUCGUUCAACUUCUGGUACCACAUGUACGGUGCGACGGUGAACACGUUCAACGUUUACCUGAACCAGAGCGGCAUCAUGAAACUGGCCUGGACCAAGAAGGGAAACCAGGGAAACAUCUGGAGGAGGGCGACUGUGUUCGUCAACCAGAGCGCGGAAUUCAACAUUGUGUUUGAGGCCAUCACCGGUUCGUCGUUUACUGGUGACAUAGCGUUGGACGACAUCACCUUCAACCAAGACUGCUGCGGAACAUACUGCAGUGAGCUGUACGCUCCCUACAACGCGUUCCAAAUGUCAAUCAUCUUCGCUCAGCACACGCGUGUCGGUCGCGGCGCCAACUGGAAGUACGGCAGCCAGGACGGUGGCUGGGGAUUCCAGGGCACUAUCACAAAGGCACCGCCAAAGAGCUCAUUCGGACCUGUCACCGUCCAGUGGGACAACGGCGGAUCGUUCUCCUACCAAGUUGGCUUCAGUGGCCAGUUCGACCUGUGCCGCUCAGUUCCUCUACCGGACUACAGCGGAUACGCUGCGGCGGAGAUUGCACAGAUCAUGUACGAGAACAUCACUGUGUUCAGAGGACGCGACUGGAAGUGGGCCAACCAGGACGGCAUGGACACGGGCCUGGUCACUGUCAACAUGAGCCUUCACAACAACAUCGGCUGGGUGCGCGUGUUCUUCCCGGCCGCCAGUGGCAACCAGGAGAACUCCUAUCGCAUGGGUGCAGAGAGCGCAUAUGAUCUCUUCCGUGUGUGUGACGUGGACUUCUCCAAGCCAUGCAAGGGCACUUUCAAACCGACCACACCACCUACGCUGGCGCCAACAGUCCCCACACCGACUGGCAUUGAUAUGUGUGCAUCACCCAGCCAGAACUUCGAGAGCGGUUUCGGCGGCUACACCCAGGACCCUGCUGAUCAAUUCGACUGGAUCAGGCAGAACGGUGGAACAUCGUCACUCAGCACCGGACCCUCCAGAGACCACACCACAAACAGCUCCGCGGGCUUCUAUGUGUACAUUGAGACAUCAGCACCACGCUCUGUCGGUGAUAUUGCCAACCUGUGGUCACCAUGGUACAAGGCACCGACACAGACAUGCUCCUUCUCCUUCUGGUACCACAUGUUUGGCUCCACUAUCGGCGACCUCAACGUCACCAUCAUCACCGGAAGUGGCAGAAUCGCAGCCUGGACAAAGUCAGGAAACCAGGGUGACACAUGGCAUCAGGCCACAAUCCCUAUGCUGACAAGCUAUGGCACAUUCAGACUCAUCUUCACAGCCUCGAGAGGUGGCAGCUUUACUGGCGAUAUCGCUCUGGAUGACUUGAGCUUUGGCAAAGACUGCUGCAGAGGCUGCAACAACGGCCCAAUCACAUUCGAGACUGGCCUCCAGGCAUACACACAGUCCACGACUGAUGACUUUGACUGGACACGGCGCACUGGAUCAACGCCGAGCUUCAGCACUGGACCCUCCACUGAUCACACAUUGGGUACUGCAGUAGGUGGCUAUAUGUACAUUGAGACAUCAUUCCCGAGGUCCAACGGCGAUGUUGCCGUCCUAGUGUCGCCGAAAUACAGCGCACCUCCCGGAUUCACGUGCAGCUUCCAGUUCUUCUACAGCAUGUACGGCGCUACCAUUGGUAAUCUCAGCGUCUGGAUUCGCUCAAGUACGUCAUCAGGCAGCACUGAUGCCCUCGUCUGGUCCAUGGCUGGUAAUAAGGGACAGGGAUGGAAGGCGGCUACAGUGGCAGUCCCGUACGGCACACCCGCCUAUCAGAUCCUAUUCCGUGCCGUGGCUGGUUCAAGCUUCACUGGAGACAUUGCCAUUGAUGACAUCUCCUUCACCGGCGGCUGUUGCUCGAGUUGCAACGGACCAUCGACGUUCGAGACUGGCCUCGGCAUUUGGUCUCAACCGACAUCGGAUGAUUUUGAUUGGACCAGAAAGCGUGGCAGCACCACGUCUUCCAGUACCGGACCACCCAAGGACCACACGCCAGGAAUUCCCUCCAGCACCGGUGGAUUCUACAUGUACACAGAGGCCUCCUCGCCGCGCACUGUCGGCGAUAAGGCCUAUCUCCAGUCACCCGCCUUCUCAGCACCGCUGGAGGUCGGCUGCCAGAUGCAGUUCUGGUACCACAUGUACGGCGCAACCCAGGGAGAGCUCAGCAUCAUCAUCAGGCACGACACCGUCCGCAACUACUCGGCCUUCUCCGUCAGCGGCAACCAGGGCACUGCGUGGCAGAAGGGCGUUGUGGCCAUUCCCAUUCAGACCUUCAGCAAAGAUGUCCAGAUCUUGAUCGAGGGAACAAUUGGCACAUCGUUCACCAGCGAUAUCGCCAUUGAUGAUAUCAGCUUCACAUCGCAGUGUUGUCCAGCAGAUUGCUUGACACCCAACAACUUUGAGAACAGCAUUUCACCGUACAUCCUGGGACCAGGCGGUGACUUCAACUGGACCAGGUCCAGUGGAUCGACGGGAUCUUUCGGAACCGGUCCAACCUCCGACCAUACUGUGGGCAACACACUGGGACGCUACUUGUACAUCGAGACGUCAUUCCCACGCAAGUCUGGUGACAAGGCCUAUUUCACCUCGCCAGUGUUCGUCGGUAGCGCCUCUAGCUGCAGUGUUCAGUGGUGGUAUCACAUGUACGGUACAACCAUCGGCUCACUGCAGGUCUCCGUGCUGUCCGCUGGAAAGUCCGUCGCCACGUGGACCAAGUCUGGCAACCAGGGUAAUGCAUGGAAGUCGGACAGCCUAGCUAUCCCCAAGUCUGCCGGUGCCUUCCAGGUACAAUGGCUUGCUACCUGUGGAUCAAGCUUCACUGGCGACAUCGCCAUUGAUGACAUCUCCUUCUCGCGACAGUGCUGCAGCCAAACGCCAAAUCUACCAGUUUACAGCUCAACUCCUCUAACAAUCUUGCAGGCAAAGUUCAAAAACGGCACACUGGUGGUGCGCGGCGCGGACUGGUCUUGGGGUACGCAGGACGUCGGUGUAGUCGGCAGUGUAGUGCAGCCUCUGGGUGUCAGUGGCACCGUGAGAGUGCAGUGGGGUGAUGGCUCCGUCUACACCUACAGCAUGGGCUCCGGUGGCAAGUACGAACUCUACAGCUUGGCAGACCUCGGUGGUCUUGUCUCCGGAGGUACAACACCUGACAAGGUCUACGACACAUCUAAAUGCCCACGGUACUCGCUUUACAGCAAGCCCCAGCUCGUUGCUCUGUUCAAGACGGGCACACGCGUCGUGCGAGGACAGAACUGGCAGUGGGGCAGCCAGGACGGCGGUGCGGGCAGACCCGGUACUAUCACAGUGGGUUAUACAUCACUCUUCACACUGGUAUCCGUUGUCUGGGACAGCGACAACACCACCACCUACAGAUACAGGAUCGACGGAACCACAUUCGACUUGUGCAGAGUUGACGAUAUUGUCAAUGGACCUGCGACCAUCUGGCCACCAGCAACAACUACACCUGGUCUGGUUUGCCCCGACUACACUACCCUGUCGGCUGCGCAAGUCGCCUACGCGUUCAGCAACAACACGGCCGUCGUGCGCGGCAAGGACUGGAGCUACGGAAGCCAAGAUGGCGGCGGACCAGGAGUGACGGUGUCGCACGUUCUCGGUGGACUGGUCUCCGUCCAAUGGACUGCCAACAAGAACACAAACACCUACCGCCUGGGCUCCUCCGGCAAGUUUGACCUGUGCCGUGUCGCUGACGUCGGCAAGACCACCAUUGUCAUUAUCCUUCCGACAACACAGGCUCCUUCCGUUUGCGGCAAUCCGGUGACCUACGAAAUUGGAUGGCAAGGCUACACCAACAUGGCGGGUGAUGACUUUGACUGGUCCAGGGCCAGCGGCAGCACAGCUUCCUUCUCGACUGGUCCGACCACUGAUCACACAUUCGGAAACUCUAGAGGUUACUACGCGUACAUCGAGACAUCGUUCCCACGUGUCCAGGGCGACACGGCGCGUCUCCAGUCGCCCCUCUACCCCGCACCGCCGACCAAGCACUGCCAGAUGAGCUUCUGGUACCACAUGUACGGAACCACCACCGGCAGCCUGCUAGUGUACGUUGUGCAGCCGGGUAAGGCUGACGUCUUGACCUUCAACCGCACCGGAGAAGUGGGCAACUACUGGGUGCAGGCGUUCGUCAAUGUCUCCAAGAUCGUCACGGGCAAUUACCAGCUCAAAUUCGUUGGCAUUGCUGGAUCAAGCUUCACAGGUGAUAUUGCCAUCGAUGAUGUCUUCCAAGGAGCUGGAUGCUGCAGCUCAAGUCUACCCAACUACGGCAGCAUUGCGCCAUUCUGGGCUCAGCUGGCCGCCUUGUUCCCGGUCGGCACCCGCGUGGUGCGCGGCCGCGACUGGGCGUGGGGCGCGCAGGACGGCGGUCCCGGAGGCGAGGGUACGGUCACCAGAACCGUCACUGCCGGAACGCAGACCGUACAGGUCCUGUGGGACAAUGGCAACUCCUUCUCUUACAGAAUGGGCAACGGCAAGUAUGAUCUCUAUCGCAUUCAAGACCUGUACUCGGGCAUCGCCCCAACUGUACCAGCUACCACUCUGCCACCAGUGCGGCCAGCUACACAAGCUUGCACCAAGCUGAAGAACUUUGAGCAGGACUUGAAUGGGUUCCAGCAGUCCACCACCGACACAUUCGACUGGACGCGUCAACAGGGACCCACUUCAUCCUUCAAUACCGGCCCCGACGUUGACCACACGCUCAUGACAAGAGCAGGUUACUACGUGUACAUUGAGACGUCAUUCCCACGUGUCCAGGGUGACUUUGCCACUCUGCUCUCACCAUGGUAUGCCUCUCCUCCAACCAACCAUUGCCGCAUCAACUUCUACUACCACAUGCACGGCGCAUCGGUUGGCUCUCUAAACGUCACCGUGCGCACUCGCAACGCCACCAGCAUCCAUCGCCGCCUGGCCUUCUACAAGGCAGGUGACAAUGCUGACAAGUGGGAGUUUGGCAGCUUCUCCGUCCCAGCACACAGCCCGGCCUUCCAGCUGGAGUUCACUGGUGUGUCUGGUAAUUCAUUUGAUGGUGAUCUGGCUCUUGAUGACAUCUCACUGAGUGAUGGAUGCUGCCAGGGUCAUCCCGACUAUUCGACCUACCCGUCGGUCUCCAUAGGCAAGCUGUUUGCAGUGGGCACACGUGUUGUCCGCGGCAAAGACUGGAGCUGGGGAGACCAGGACAAGCAUCAGCUGGGAACAAUCACCGGAGCUCUGACAUCGGGUGGCUGGGUCAAGGUGACCUGGGAUUAUGGCUACGUUGGCAACUAUCGCAUGGGCUACAACGGUCUGUACGACUUGUGGCUGGCCAUCAUCACCGGCUGUGAAGACCUGGCCACACCAACCAAUGGCCUGAAGACGGGAACGUCGUCGCUGUUUGGUGCCAAGGCAAACUUCUCCUGCAACACCGGCUACUUCUUGCAAGGUUCUGAAAUGAGAACUUGCCAGACCAGCGGCAGCUGGACUGGAUCACAAGCCAUUUGCCUGAACUCCCUGCCCACAUUCUCCCAGUACUCUCCUGCUGAGCUGGCCGCCAUCUUCACCGUCGGAACUCGUGUCAUCCGCGGCGUCGACUGGAGCUGGGGACUGCAGGACGGCAACGGUCCAGGAACGGUCGAGACCGCUCUGAACUUCACCACUGGCAUGCUGAUGGUCAAGUGGGAUGCCAACGGACAGACGUACGCAUACCGCAUGGGACCGCCAACGAAGAAGUACGACUUGAUCCUGUACACGGCCAAGACCUGUCCAGUGCUGGCAGCGCCGGCGUACGGACAGAUCAGCUCGAGCGCGGUGGUGUUCGGUACAGCAGUGACGUACACUUGCAAUGCCGGAUACACUCUGCAGGGACCAUCCACACGAACGUGCUACUCGCCAGGCGUUUGGGAUGGACUAGUACCGAUGUGCCUGUUGAGAUGCAACAGCACGCAAUACCAGUGUGCCGGUGGCCUGUGUGUCAGCAGCACAGCACGCUGCAACCAGAUCCCAUUCGAGUGCCCGGACAACUCCGACGAAGCAGGUUGCCCAAGCGGACCAGUUGCUGUCAACUGCAGUAGCUCACAGUUCGCAUGCGCAUCGGGAACAGAAUGCAUUGCAAGCGCCAAGCGAUGUGAUGGCUUCUACUGGGACUGUGGCGAUGGUUCUGACGAGGCAGCGUGCACUUCUCAGCCAGUCGUUGGAACACUCCCUGACUACACUGGUGACAAUGGCACCGUACUUGCCGCCAAGUUCCCUGUCGGUGCACGCGUGGUGCGUGGCAAGGACUGGAUAUACGGUUUCCAGGACGGCUUCUCAACCGGAACGAUCACCUCGGGACUGAGCGGCGGCUUUGUCACCGUCCAAUGGGACGUCACUGGUGCAACAUUUACGUAUCGCAUGGGAGCUGGCGGUUCUUAUGAUCUUUAUCUGGUGUCAGAUCUACCGACCACUCACUGCCGCGCACUGACUAUACCUGCCCACGGCUACAAGAGUGUCGGCUCAGACUACAGACAGUUCGGCUCGCUGGCCACGUUCGGCUGCAGGCCCGGCUAUUUGCUGCAAGGCGCUCCUCACACUCUCUGCCUGGGUGAUGGAUCCUGGACCAGUGUCGAGCCGACGUGCGCCCCUCAUGCGAACGGCUCAGUCGGUAUCGACUUCUCGCUCCUGACCGACGACGAGGUUGAGUCUCUGUUCACCUCGGGCGUGAGAGUGGUCCGCGGCAGGGACUGGAUCUAUGGCAACCAAGAUGGCGGAGUUGGUGGUGUGGGCACUGUGUCAACAGCACUUCGGUUCGGCUCCGUUGGCGUGCGCUGGGACUCCAACCCAACUCGGCAAUUCUUCUACAGAAUGGGCUUCUUCCAGGACAAGUUUGACCUCACACUGUUUAUGGCGACACGCUGUGUGUCACUGUACAAGCCACUCAACGGCUACAUGCAGACAUCCAGUGUCAACUUCACAGUUAAAAGCACAGUUGUAUUUGGCUGCUACGCACCCUACUCUGUCCAAGGCUCUUCCGUCUUGACGUGUCAGGCGAACGGCGUCUGGCAGGGUGUCACACCGAUCUGCACACAGUCGAUUCCACAGUGCUCGCUGGGCGAGGUGCGCUGCUUGCAGAGUUCUACCUGCUAUCCGCGAUCAGCGGAGUGCGACGGUAUCUUCAACUGCCCUGACCAAUCCGAUGAGAUCUACUGCGGAAAUGGAACCACAGCCGCUGGAUGCCCCGGACUCGACGCACCCAAGAACGGCUACAUCGCCAAGAACAGCACCAGCAUCGGUGCCACAAUCAUCUACCAGUGCUACGACCCGUACGUGUAUCAGGGCGUUGUGCGCCGCACCUGUGGACUCAACGGCACCUGGGACGGACAAGUUGGACAGUGCUCGUUGCCGUUCAAGCAGUGCCUGUACUACGAGAAGCGCUGUGCCGACGGAGCUACGUGCAUUGACAAGACCAAGGUCUGCAACAACUACCCAGACUGUCCGGACGCCAGCGAUGAGAUUGGAUGUACGGCCGCAAACAUCACCACGCCCGCUCCAGGCCAGCUCUGCAGUCCACUCAGUUCACCACCGAAUGGCUACAUCCAGGGAAAUGCUACUGACAAGUUUGGCUAUGUUGCCUUUGGCUGCAAUGCGCCGUACGUACUUCAGGGAUCCAGUGUUCGCCGUUGCCAAGACGAUGGCACCUGGAGCGGAUUCCCAGCAUUCUGCACACUGAACAGUCCGCAGUGUGCGUCCGGCUACCUGGCGUGUCUGACCACACAGGCGUGCUACAAGGCGGCAGACCAGUGCGACAACAUUAACGACUGCACGGACGGAUCCGACGAGCUUCACUGCAACAUCACUGCCAAGGGUUGCCCCAAGAUCACCGCUCCAGUCCACGGCUACAUUCAGGGUGCAUCGACAAGCUCCGGAGCAAUCCUCGUCUUUGGCUGCACUACACCAUACCAGCUGCAGGGUCCGCUCACCAUCCAGUGUCGCAGCGGCGUCUGGGACCAGGGUCCUCCAAAGUGCAUCCAUCCUACAACUUGCACGGCCACGACCACAGUGAAAUGCCUCAACCAGGCUGGCUGUGUCCUGCCGUCGCAGAUCUGUGACGGUGUCGCGGACUGUACCGACGGCUCAGAUGAAGCUACUUGCCCGUCAGCCGGCACCGGAUCUGCUUGCGCACCUCUCGUCGCACCGGCCAAUGGUAAACUUCAGGGCACUAGCCGCGGGUACAGCGCCAACGUCAUCGUCUCCUGCAAGGCGCCGUACACGCUGCAGGGCUCCUCCGUCCGCGUCUGCCAGAUCAACAGGCAAUGGAGUGGAUCGGACGGUAUCUGCAAGACAUACGUGCAAGGCUGUCAACCCAACCAGAUCAUGUGCUAUGACGGCACAGAGUGCAUAGCAGCCAGUGCCAAGUGCGACGGAAAGUUCUUUGACUGUGUGGAUCACUCUGACGAGGCGGACUGCCCCACCUCACCCAAGAUUUUCACGGUGCCCACAACAGCUCCAACCGAUGCGAUCACCUCGGAGAAGUUUAACAUCAUCACUCUCUCGGAUGGAUCCACCAAGCUUGUUCCUAUUACUCCAGCACCAAGCCGUUGCUUUGUUGGCUACUGCUUCCACGGCGGUACGUGUGUGGACAAUGGCUUGGACCAAUCGAUUAUGUGCAACUGCCCCGCUGACGCCACGGGAUCGCGAUGCCAGCAGUACACUGGUGAGACAACCACAGCGGCUGGAGGCGGUGGUCUUGGCACAGGCCCCGGUGCAGAACAGCAGAGUACCACAACCAGCGACAGCCAGCUAUAUUACAUCUUGAUCGGAGUCAUGGGAGGUGUCCUCUUGCUGAUCGUUGUGCUAGUGGCAGCGUAUGUCCUCAUGACAUCCCGAUCAUCUGGGCAACCAAGACGCCCUCGUCCAGUACAGCCAAACUCUGGUGGUCUGCAGAUCCAAGACGAUGGCUUCCGCGGAGAAGCGUUCGCCCUCGGUGAUGAUCAGGAGCUGGGAAUGUCAAACCCAAUGUACGAUACGGCCGGUGCCAUGGACGGUUACGGUGCCGGAGCUGGUGAUCAGCUAGGCCAGAGUGAGCUGGCCGGCGAUCCACUCUACGAGCCAGUUCCCGCCAUGCAGCUGCAGACUUAAAGACAGCAGAAUACAUUACUGACGCUAUACAAGCAACUCGGAAACACACACACAACGACAAAUCAUCAUUCCUAUCUCGCAGGCUGCUGUGAACUCAGUUGAGCAAUUUUUGUACAAUCUUCUCUGCUAUGUGCUGAACAAGCCUGCCGGUAAACCACACUGGAUUCGCCAUGUUUGUCUAUCCUUCAAGUACUUUCUUAUUAUGAUCUGCACGAUUUGUUCACAGCGCAAGACGUUGGCCCUCUGUAUCGGUUCACGCUGUACCAUUUGUAGUAUUAUCAUUAUUCAGCUGACAAGUAUUCUUAUUUUCUCGCCGUUGUCAGCGAAAUGUUAACAUUCACACGCGUUAAUAGCAGUUGAAACGAA